AUGCCUAUUGAUAUUGUGUCUACAGCCAUCUUUGAUGGUACUCAGGCUAUUCCAGGCUGGGACUACUUUACUACUUAUGGCCCUGCGUUGGCUGCUGCUGCCGCCACCAAGUACUAUUUCGCUGGCGCCUCCAACACGUUCAAGAGAGAGUUACAUGGACGCGUUUAUAUCAUCACUGGAGGUACUUCGGGACUUGGAGCUUCGGUAGCUUAUGAGUUGGCCCUUAAAGGGGCUCAGAUUAUUCUCUUGUCUAGAUCUACAGAUGAUGCUUGGACGGUGGAGUUCAUUGAGGACCUUAGGGACAAGACGAACAAUUUCAUGAUAUACGCCGAGCACUGUGACUUGAGUUCGCUUCAUUCGGUUCGUCUCUUUGCUACUAAAUGGCUUGAUAACCAGCCGCCACGUCGUUUGGACGGUGUCAUUUGCUGUGCUGCUGACUGUCUCCCAAGAGGCAGAGACAGACAAGUGUCUGUGGACGGCGUGGAGAACCAGCUUGCGGUGAACUACUUGGCUCACUACCACUUGCUUACGCUUCUUAAACCUUCGCUCCAGGUCCAGCCUCCUGACCGUGAUGUUCGUGUCAUUUUAACUACUUGUACUUCCCAAGCAGCUGGACUGAUCGAUAAGGAUGAUAUCUUAUGGGAAUCUCGCCAGUACCCUGUCAACUCCCCAUGGAAGGUUUUUGGUACUUCUAAAUUAUUACUAGGCAUGUUUGGACGCAGGUACCAACGCUUGCUUAACGACUACGAGAGAAAAGAUAACGCUCCUUGCAAUAUCAAGAUAAGCAUUGUCAACCCUGGCACCAUGAGAUCGCCAUCCACUCGCCGUUUCAUCUCAAUGGGUACCAUUUGGGGCUUGUUCUUGUACAUAUUAUUGUACCCAAUCUGGUACAUUUUCUUUAAGGAUACCGUCCAGGGAGCCCAGUCGCUUCUUUUUGCUAUUUAUGCCCCAAUGUUGGGUGCCCAAGAUGGAGGAAACAUCAUUCAAGAGUGCAAGAUUUUAACCAAGGUCAGAGCGGAGUUGACUGAUGAUGAAUUGCAAGAAGAGGUCUUCCAGAAGACUGCUGAGCAUAUCGAAAAGUUGGAAAAGCUGUCUGCGAUCGAAAGAAAGAAGCAAGAAAAGAAGCUAGGCCUUGACAAGAAGAAGGAGGAAGCCGAGAAGAAGAAAAAGGAGGAUGUCCAUGAAAAACCUGAAACCGAAGAGGAUUUGCAAUACAAAUUGGACAUGAUCCGUAAGAGUAUGGGUAUACUGUCGCAAGAUGGGGACAUGCCGCUCUUCCCAGAGGAAGGUGUUGAAGAGGCCAAGAAGAAGCACACGCAAAAUGCCACCGGCAAGAAGCCUAGGGGCAAAGCCCGCAAGCGCUAA